UUUUUUUUUUUUUUUUUUUUUGUCAAUGCAUAUACUUAGCCCCAAAAGAAUAUUUUAUUUCUCUCGAUAAUUAUAUAUUUUUUCUUCCCUGAAAAAUCGUGACCUAAUAUUUUCCCAUAAGCGGCCCAUACCAUUAGUUUAUUGGGCCCAUGAAAUAGUUACGUUCGGCCUGCCCGACAUUCGGGUUGACUAUCGAGUCGGGUGACCCGGUAAAACUAAAUAACUUAAAAUGCGGCAGUAACGCGGGAAUUACGCCUCAAGCUCUAGCUUUGCUCUGACGCUGCGACCAGUAGGUGCUUCGCUCUCUUCUCCUAGAAUCGCCGAUUUAGGGUUUCUGCGUGUUCUCUGGUUCACUUUCUCUUUACCAGUGUUAGACUGAUUAGGCGAUCGUCAGGAAGAGUUACAGUCCAGAUUGUCAAGGAUUCUUCACAUUGGAGACUUCAGCGGCAGCACGAUGGUAGUGGAAGAGAAUCGAUUGGAAGAGCAGAGUACCGUGGGAACAACUACGGAUGACAUCGAAGCUCUGGUUGAUGCUGCGAGAUACAAUGAUAUCGAUGAUGUAGUAAGUCUUGCUUCUGCUGGUGUUCACCUCGAUUCCAAGGAUUCCGAGGGCCGAACUGCUCUACACAUGGCUGCUGCCAAUGGACAUCUUUCGAUAGUGGAGUUUCUCAUAAGUAAGGGAGUGGAUGUGAAUGCUUUAAAUGCAGAGAAGAAUACACCACUUCAUUGGGCAUGUCUGAACGGGCAUAUUGAGGUGGUUGAGAAGUUGAUCUUGUCAGGAGCGAAUGUUAGCCUAUUGAACAGCCAUGAGAAAACUCCCAUGGAUGAAGCUCUGACACGGGGGAAAAUGGAUGUAAUUGACGCGAUCAACACGGCAGUGGCGCAAAUCGAGCUCACGGGCAUCAGUGUUUCAAGUAUGGAAACAUAGGUGAGGGAAUUCGACUUUUUUUUAUUAUUUAUUUGCUUAAUAAGUAGGAAAAAUUCUCAGUCUUAGAAUCAGAAAUAUGCUUCCAUCUUAUUUUGCACUUCUCCACCCAGGAACUCUAGUUAGUGUUUCAAAUUACUUUAAACUAAAAAUUAAGCAUCCAUCUCCUUUUGAAUACCCCAAUUACUUUCUUUUCAAUUUUGCAUGUUUUAAUUAGAUAUCCAGUUAUAUCUC